AUGCGUAUGCCGACCAGGGAGAAGGUUAUUCUGGUCAUUACCUUUGGCGCCGCCAUUCUUGUUAUAGCGGUUGAUGUCAUUCGGAUUGCUUUCCUUGAAAGUACAGCCACAUCUCGGCUGCAGGAUCUUCACACCGCGAAGGUUGGCGAAAUUCCGGAUGAAGAUUAUACCUGGUUUGCUGCAAUAUCGUUCAUGUUGUCUGCGGUAGAGGUGAACAUAACCAUAGUCUGCGCUUGUGUUCCUAGCUUGAAGCCUCUUGCAACUCAUUUCAAAUUAACAAUGAUCCAACCUAGCGACUCAGGAAUGGACCGCUCGUCAGAAGAUGCAACGGGGCGAGGCAACGCACCGAUGACCGCAAGAAACGAACCGGCAACCUUUGAAAUGAUGGAUGUCUUAACCCAUCGAAUAGCAUCGCAGACGGAAAUAGAGGAAGCAGACAAAAUCGACUACGACGAAGCACGAGGAAACAUGACAUUUAUCAAUUUGUUAAACGCAAAGCCAGCAAACAUGCUUAAACUGGAUAACAGGGAAUCUUUUGGACCGAAUGCACUGGUCUCAACCAUUUUCUUCCUGUGGGGGUUCGCCUAUAGCCCUCUAAGCGUUCUCAAUGAAAGUUUCGCGACCGUCACGCAACUGACCCACGGCCAGUCGCUUGGACUUCAUGGCGCAUUUGAGGGGGGGUAUCUACUUGGCCCUCUUCUUGUGGGCCGCCUCGUUCUGAAGAGAUACGGGUGUGCAGCUACCUUCAUAACAGGUCUCUAUAUCUACGCUUGUGGGACCCUCAUUUUCUGGCCAGCUGCUGUUUUAGGUUCAACUGCAAUAUUUCUAGCCUCCAACCUGAUAGUUGGUUUUGGUCUUGGGAUAUUGGAAACGACGGCAAAUAUGUUUGUCGCAUUGUGUGGACCGCUGGAAUACUCUGAGAUCCGUUUAUGUGUCGCGCAGGCUUUCGAGGCCACCGGAGCGCUCUCGGCACAAGUACUUUCAGACAGGGUGUUAUUUAAAGACAAAAAUAGUGUGACCCAAGUGGUCAACGGACAGUGGACAUUUUUGGUCCUUGCUUUCUGUGAUGUGAUUCUUGCUGUUAUCUUCUACUAUCUGCCAAUUCCUGAGGCGCCAGAUGAUGAUUUAGCAGAACUAAGUGGCUUGCGCCCGGCAAAUAGCGCAAAGGUAUGCGGCCUCCCUGUUCCUUUCACGACUCUUGCACUAGGUGUGUGGUCCCAAUUCUUUUACGUGGCAGGGCAAGAGAUGCACGGCUUGAAUUACAGCUAUUAUGCGCCGGGUGCCUUUACAAGCAUUUCUAGUACCGUUUUUAUUGGUGGCCGCAUCCUUGCUCUCAUCGUCAUAUGGCUGUUUUUGAAGCCACGGGCGCCAACUAUACACCAAACGAGAUUCCUGCUCAGCAUGACCGAGAUCACAUCUCCUUCGCUCUCUGGCGAUUUGCAUCGUCAUUUGAGUGCAAUUUAUCGCCUCUUCACCGUUUCCCGCAUUCUUCGAGCUCUUCAGUUGAUCUUCGCUGCCGUGGUCGCCGGCCUUUACGGAAUCGACCUCGCUCAUUUCACCAAUACACAAGCUCACGCUGACGCAGAAUGGAUAUAUGCCGAGUUUGUCGCUGCAGUAUCUGCAAUUACCUGCCUCAUAUUCGGCCUCAUGUCUUCGAUUCAUGUUGCAUGGUCGGUCCUUGAUGCGACCAUAUUCGUGCUUUGGUUGGCUCAAGUGGGAGUCUUUGGGACAAUCUUUUACCCUACAGUGCGGCCUGAGUAUAUUGGAUCUACAUUGUCAGUCUCUCGCAUGCGUGCUGCUGUUUGGGUGGAUCUAGUAAAUAUGGCGCUGUGGCUGCUGACAGUUGUAUUACGUAUUGUGUGGUCCAUACGUGCUCGAAAACAAUCUCGUCGAAGCAACGCUUCCAAAGGGGAUGCUACACCAUUUCUGGGAUUUUUUGGUCGAAGCAGGGAUUCGCACGUGUAUAGUGACCAAGAGUAUGGCUGCCUGAAUGUUGGUCAAGAAGCAUCGAUUGGAGUCGAUACCAAGCUGUCAGAAAAGAAGUGGGCCAAUAGGAUUGAUGAGAAAUCGGAGAAGAUCAGGGUCUGA